AGAAAGUUUGAAUUUGAGAAAUAUCCACCUCAUAUCAAAAACUUAGGGAACUAUGCUUGGAAAUUACUACUGAUGGGAGAACUGUUAUCAGAAUUCGAUGGAGUGCUGGGAAUUGACAGUUCAAUCAGAAUUUACGGUUAUUUUGUCCAUAUUUUGGAAAGAAUGGUUCGCUUUAACUCUGGAGGUCUGUUCUUUCUUAAAAUUGAAGGAGGUCAUUCAAUUGCAAUGGCCACUCAUCCUGGGAUGAUUGAGUAUUUUCCAAUGACCCCCAAAGAAGGCCUUACAGAAAAUAUGUUACCAGGUGGUACAAUUCUUUUGUUUAACACGGAAGAUAUCCAAGAGCAUGUCAUGAAGUGGGCAGCGGUCUGUGCCCUUGUUCAAGAUUGUAUCGCACCUCCAGGAUCAAAACGUAAUUGCCCCGGCAACCGUUUUUGGCAGACACCAGGAGGAGAGAAGUAUGGCGGCUGUCAUAGAUAUGAUCAAGCUCUC